ACAAGAUCGAAGUUUAAUCGCCAUAUAUCAGAGUUUUGGUUGGUCAAUUGGAACAACAUUAAUGCCAUUGCUUUUCUGGUGGUUACGCAAAUGGGAGCCCUUCAUGUGGAUAACAACGAUACCAACGGCCUUAGUAUUGAUUUUCUCCAAAUAUGCCAUUGAAUCGCCACGCUGGUUGAUUAGCAAGAAACGCUUUGGUGAUGCGAUUGGGCAAUUUAAGAAAAUUGCCAAAAUCAAUGGACGUCAAUUUGACAUGAGCGAAAAAGAGUUGAUCGCCAUCUAUGUGAGCACCCAACAAGAAGUUACCUACGGCAUAGCCUCGCUGUUCUCCGGUUGGCGUUUGGCCAGAAACACUUGUAUUAUGGGCUUCAGCUGGUGUGUGGUAGCUGUUUCCUACUUCACGCUGGUACUUUUCAGUUCCCGAAUGAAUGGUAAUCCAUUUUUAAAUUUCCUAAUACAGAGUAUAGUAGAGAUACCUGCCUAUAUGGUUGGCAAAUAUAUGGGUGAUAAAUAUGGUCGCCGCUUUACCAACAGCUUUUCGUUUUUUAUUUCCUUCUUGGCAUGUGUACCUCUGAUUUUAUUGGCUACAGAUGAAAAAUACGAAGUUGUAAUUAUGGGCUUGGCAGCGUUUAUCAAAUUCUUAAAUGCAAUGACUUUCUUCACCGCCAAUCUGCAGGGUAUGGAAAUCUAUCCCACAUGUAUGCGUCAAACGGGCAUUGCCCUUGGCACCAUCCUGGCGAAUGCUGUUGGCGUUGUUGCACCGUAUUUGGUGUACUUAGGCACCACGGUUGACAUUCGCAGUCCGUAUUAUAUUUUGGGUGCACUGUUUCUGAUUGGCGCCAUUGGUGCAUUGUUUUUACCCGAAACGUUGCAUAAAAAACUACCCGACACUAUGGAGGAGGCUCGUAACUUUGGCAUACAUGAUAAAUUCUUUAGCCUGCCCAAGGCCCCACCCACCGAUGCUGAUGCCGAAACUACGGAAAAACUAAAUCAAAGCAAAUUUGCCCCCUGAAAAGUGUCAA